GGAGGAGGAGCAGAAGGUGGAGGGCGGGUUGUACCCGCCUGUGAGGGACGGGGCAAAGGUUGUCUCCGUGUUGCGCCGCGCCGCCAAGGUGGCCCGCCAGGCCAAGGCGCAGUACGGCGCCACGGGGCGGGUGCGCAACGCGGCCUACGUGGGGGCGUUCGCGGAGGUGCUGGACGCCAGCAUGCGGCUGUGGGAUGCGGGGGUGCCGGAGCUGGGGGCGGAGCAGAUUCAAGCCCUCAUCGACGCCGUGCAGUCCGACCUGGCCGCCGGCGUGCAGCCCGACCCCGCCAGCCUGCGCCGCUGGCAGUCCUCCCUGGCGCAUGCGGCCGACAUGGCGCAGCAGCCGGCGGGCAAGGGCAGGUACGGGACACUCAAGCUGCCACCCGCGGGUAGUGCUGCUGCUGCUGGGGGAGCUGCUUCGUCGCCUUCGUUGUAAUGCCGCUGAUGUGGUUUGUAAUGCCGCUGAUGUGGUUUGAUGUCGUGUUGAGCAUGACUUUGCUGUGGUUUGGAGAGAAGGGAGGAGGAGGACGGGAGGAGUGUGGGUUACGGGCUUGGUUGGGAGGAAACGUGGGAGGUAUUGGUUGGUGGUAGGGGCUUGGGAGGAGGGAGGCGUGGUGGCGUGAGGAGAGGGCUGGUUGCGUGGAUUGCGGGACGGUUACUUGGUUGUUCUGAGGGCGGUGGGUUCUGGACACCGCGGGCAUACGUUGUGAGCAGUUAGUUGGGGCAGGUUGACGGGCGCUACUGGGAAGCCGCAGCUUGGGAGGAGGAUAUGGGCGGCAUGUACGUGGAUUAUGGGUUUGGGGAAAUCGGUCUUCUUAACACAUCCUCUGAAGGGGCAAGCAAGAAGGGCGCAAGGAAACGUAAAGCAGCAAUCGGCGGUUGUGAAGAGCCUUUCAAGAGCUCUGCUUUUGUACCAGCUGGGUCUCUUCCAACGCGCUCAUUUCGGCAUCAUCAUCGGCAUUUGCACCCCUUUUGACGUAGCGUAGCACGUAUGUGGUGGUGGCUACAAGCUUGGCUCCUGCAGGUAUGAUGCUGUGAUGCUGUAGGAGGAGCGUGGCUGAACGACGAGGCUGCGCGAGAUGCAUCAUUGUGUCAUGCAACCUCGGACAGGGUGGCCCAACUGCCGUAUGUAUUUUGGUGUGCGCCGCUAAUGCAGCGGAUUGGAAUCUUGGUAACGGCUUGUAAAAAGCUUGAUGAUAUG